AGGAUAAAGCAGAGAUCAUGGAAGAAAUCCGACCGCUUUUCGAUGGAGACGAGGUUGUGGACUUGAAGUCUCCAGAAACGAUGCUUUGGGUCCUGGAGGAGCACCGGCACGAAAGCGAUGAAAAAACGCACCUGGGGCCGCGAAAAAGCAGGCCUCAGCGUGUCAUCAUUGGUCGCCAGGUGGCUGGUGGACGUAGUGUGGACAAGAAGUUGAAAGGGGGGGAGAAGUGCUACUUUCACCGCUACGACCUGUCCAAGCGAGCAGUACUUGGACCAACCACUUUGGAGAAUGAGUUGGCCUUCAUCAUGGUGAACUGCGCACGCGUCGAGUCUGGGCAGUAUGGCAUGGAUCCCUUCUGUGGGACUGGUGGCUUACUUCUAGCCAUGACGCACUUUGGAGCGAAACUUUUUGGUGGAGAGAUCGACAUCCGAGUUGUGAGAGGUUGGAGGAUAGCAUACACGAAGAACAAGGCUGCUGUUCUGGAGGCUGCAGAAAAGAGGGGCCUGCAAAGCACAGGCUCAAGUACUGCCAAAGCCUGCAAGCAGGAACCUCCUGACACGAAUUCGUACCAUUUGAAUUACUUGCUCAACAUUGGGCUUCCAGUGCAGGGAGUGAAAAAGGCGAAGCAGCUGAAUCCCAAUGCUCGUGCGGAGAAGGACCACGCCCUCGCCAACGCCGGAGGUUGCAAUAUCUUCACCAACUUUGUACAGUAUGACUUGCCGUCUCCAGAGGUCGUCGUUUGCGACAAUGCAAUGCCUUGCUGGCGACAGCCAGCAGGUGGAUGGCUUGACUUUAUUGUGACAGAUCCACCCUAUGGUGUUCGAGCCGGCGCAAAGAAGCAGGGCCGUGAGGGCAAGGAAGUCGUUGUGAAGGACGUCAACAGCUACAUACCCUCCAAAGUCUCGUAUGGAGAGGAUGAGCUCUCCCAAGACUUACUGAACUUUGCAGCGGAGAGCUUGCGAGAUGGUGGCCGAUUGGUUUUCUUGGUUCCAGUGGACUUGGCAGAUUUCCUGGGCAUUGACCGGGCGGCAGUGGAGCAGGGUACUGAAAACAGCAGGCCCAAUAUGCACGACAUCUGCCACCCAAAAGCUGGACGGAAAAAGGAUCCAAGGCUUUGCAUUUCUGAGACAACACGCGAUCCACUGCUGCUGGAUGAGAUGCGCUACGUCGACUUCAUACCGCAACAUACCGACUUGAAGCUGCUAGGUGCCUCUCUUCAAGUUCUAAGUGGUGGUUUGGGACGGCUUCUGGUCGUCAUGCAGAGACGACCCCGUGACUUUGCUUGAAAAAACGUGUCGAAGUCCGUUGAAAAAAUGGUUGGAGGAAGUUCCCUCUGAGCGACUGUGCAGACUAAAGGUGCCGCGUGCACUGCGUGCACAAAAAAAGUAGGUCGCGCUGUCC